GCAAGUGCUCGGCGGCAAGGAUCGCUUUGGCCCGGCCCGGCCCGCACGGCGCUGGGCGCGGAGAACGGCCAUGCCGCCGCGGCGCAGUAUCGUGGAGGUGAAGGUGCUGGACGUGCAGAAGCGGCGCGUGCCCAACAAGCAUUAUGUCUACAUCAUCCGAGUCACGUGGUCCAGUGGCGCCACAGAGGCCAUCUACCGGCGCUACAGCAAGUUCUUUGACCUCCAGAUGCAGAUGUUGGAUAAGUUCCCCAUGGAAGGAGGACAGAAGGACCCGAAGCAGAGGAUCAUUCCAUUUCUGCCAGGCAAAAUCCUCUUCCGCCGCAGCCACAUCCGGGAUGUAGCCGUCAAACGCCUGAUACCAAUUGAUGAGUAUUGCAAGGCCCUGAUCCAGCUGCCCCCAUACAUCUCUCAGUGUGAUGAGGUGCUGCAGUUUUUCGAGACAAGACCCGAGGACCUGAAUCCCCCCAAAGAGGAGCACAUCGGGAAGAAGAAAUCAGGGAGUGACCCAACUUCAGUGGACCCUAUGGUCCUGGAGCAGUAUGUGGUGGUGGCAAACUAUCAGAAGCAGGAAAGCUCAGAGAUCAGCCUCAGUGUGGGCCAAGUAGUGGACAUCAUUGAGAAGAAUGAGUCAGGUUGGUGGUUCGUCAGCACUGCUGAAGAGCAGGGCUGGGUCCCUGCAACCUGCCUCGAGGGCCAGGAUGGCGUGCAAGAUGAGUUUUCCCUCCAGCCUGAGGAAGAGGAGAAGUACACAGUCAUCUACCCGUACACAGCUCGUGACCAGGAUGAAAUGAACCUAGAGCGAGGGGUUGUGGUGGAGGUCAUCCAGAAGAACCUGGAGGGCUGGUGGAAGAUCAGGUUCCAGGGCAAAGAGGGCUGGGCUCCUGCUUCCUACCUAAAGAAGAGCGGCGGGGAGCCCUUGCCCCCAAAGCUGGGCCCCAGCUCACCUGCUCACUCGGGGGCCCUCGACCUGGACGGUGUUUCCCGGCAGCAGAAUGCUAUGGGCGGGGAGAAGGAGCCACUCAGCAACCAGAGGGAUGGCCGCUUCGAAGGUCGCCUGGUGCCGGAUGGUGACGUCAAGCAGAGAUCACCAAAGAUGAGGCAAAGACCCCCUCCUCGCCGGGACAUGACCAUUCCUCGAGGCCUCAACCUGCCAAAGCCUCCCAUCCCGCCCCAGGUGGAAGAAGAGUAUUACACCAUCGCCGAGUUCCAGACCACCAUCCCAGAUGGCAUCAGCUUCCAGGCCGGCCUGAAGGUGGAGGUGAUUGAGAAGAGCCUAAGUGGUUGGUGGUACAUUCAGAUGGAAGAUAAGGAGGGAUGGGCCCCAGCCACCUUCAUUGACAAAUACAAGAAGACCAGCAGUGCCUCGAGACCCAACUUCCUGGCCCCCUUGCCCCACGAGAUGACUCAGCUCCGUCUUGGGGAUACAGCUGCCACGGAGAACAGCACGGGUCCAGAGGCAGUGGGGCCCUCCAGACCCCUGCCUGAGGCACCGCACGGUGGUGCCAUGGACUCGGGGAUGCUGUGGUCCAAAGACUGGAAAGGAGGAAAGGAGGCCCCAAGAAAGGCCUCUUCAGACCUGUCUGCGUCAACAGGAUAUGAGGAGAUCUCAGACCCCGCCCAGGAGGAGAAGCCCAGCCUCCCUCCACGCAAAGAGUCCAUCAUCAAGUCAGAAGAGGAGUUACUGGAGAGGGAGAGACAGAAGAUGGAGCCGCUCCGGGGCUCCUCCCCCAAGCCCCCUGGCAUGAUUUUGCCCAUGAUUCCAGCCAAGCAUGCCCCGCUGGCCCGGGACAGCAGGAAACCAGAGCCCAAACCUGACAAGAGUAAGUUCCCACUGAGGAAUGACAUGGGGUUAGAGUGUGGCCACAAGGUGCUGGCCAAGGAAGUGAGAAAGCCCAACCUCCGGCCUAUCUCCAGGUCCAAAGCCGAGCUGCCUGAGGAGAAGGUGGAGCCCACCCCUCAGAAUCUGUUCUUGAAGUCUAGACCUCAGGUUAGGCCCAAACCAACUCCUUCUCCCAAGACAGAGCCAGCUCAGGGUGAAGACCAAGUGGACAUCUACAACCUCAGGAGCAAGCUCAGACCUGCCAAGUCUCAAGAGAAAGCCUUAUUGGAUGGAGAAAGCCACCAUGCUGCUGGGGGCCAUGACACAGCCCUCAGCAGAAGCUUCCUUCCCAGGGAGGGACCUGGCCGUGGCCAGGACAGGUCUGUCAGACAGGAUGGACUGAGUCCAAAGGAGACACCCUGCCGAGCCCCUCCCAGGCCAGCCAAGACCACAGACCCUGGGUCCAAGAAUGUGCCCAUGCCUAUCCAAGAAGCAACCCAGCAAAGACCUGUGGUCCCACCUCGGAGACCCCCACCCCCCAAGAAAACCUCCUCAUCACCGUUGUCAUGUAGGCCCCUCCCAGAGGUCAGAGGGUCACAGCGUGAAGAAAGCAGAGCCCUUCCUGCUGCAGGCCGGGCCCUCCUCGUCCCUCCGAAAGCCAAACCCUUCCUAUCCAAUUCCUCAGUGGGCCAAGAUGACAUUCAAGGCAAAGGUAGGCUGGGGCCACGCAUCGCUGGCAAGGUGGGAGAAACCAGAGAGAAGGCAGCUUGCUUCCUCGGUGCCGAUGGCCCAAAGGACUCACUGUACGUGGCUGUGGCCAACUUUGAAGGAGAUGAAGACACCAGCAGCUUCCAGGAAGGGACAGUGUUUGAAGUCCGGGAGAAGAACAGCAGUGGUUGGUGGUUCUGCCAGGUCCUCAGCGGGGCUCCUUCCUGGGAAGGCUGGAUUCCUUCCAACUACCUCCGGAAGAAACCCUAGUGUCCCCACCCUGCCUGGAGACCCUGCUGUCCCUGCCGGCCUCCCCCACGUAUUUAAUACGCAUCUUAAUUUAUCAGUCUCCACACCAUUUUGAGGAAGGUGGCCAUUGGAGCACUGUGUCUCCUUCCUUCCCAGAGUGGAAAAUGCUUGGUGCAGAGAUGUCCUGUAGCCUGGGGUCUGAUUCUCCUGUUGUGGCAUCAAAAAGUCUCAAAAGCCGCAGCCUUUGCUAGGUAGAAACCAUGUUACCAUCCUUGUCUAUAGUAGAACCCAUCCGCCUAGACAACAUCUUGUCAUCCAGAAGCAGGACAGUGACACAGACCUCCAGAACUGACACCAGUCACCUGGAGGACUUCCAGACCACACCUCAGUGCUCAAUUGUGGCAUAGAGGGACGGCCCCCACAGCUGGUGACAACUCGCUCUAACUUCUCCAUGUCACUAGAAGCCCUUGCUUGGUUCACUGUCCCCAGAAUACCUGGUGCCAGGAAGAACCAAGUCCCAAGAGAAUCAGCUUCCUGGCUUUCUGCUUCUAAGUCCUGACCAGAGGCGGCUGCCCCGAAGUGAUCCUAGAGAGUCAUUCGGUCAUCCAGCCUCCCAAAUGCCCUGGGCCAUGAUCAGUCCUAAAGCAGUGUGUUUAGCUUCACUGCUGAAGCCUCUGGUCAAUGCAGGAUUUCUAAAUUCCAAUUCGUGCCCUCCUCCCCCAGUCCCUAGAAGAAGACUCUCCAUGUUUGUUUAAGUAAGGGGGCCAGCCCUUCACAAGGCACACAGUCUGUGAGUGUUUCUUUGCCCAGUAGGUGCCAAACUGCCCUUGGCCUUCAGGUUCUAACCAUCAACCAGCCUCCCCUGUUUUAUUGCACCCAUUUUCUAGAUGAAGAAACUGGGGCUCUACAGGCCCCAGGACAUGCUAGCUAGGAAGUGGCUGGAGGGGGCUGGAGUCCAGGCCUGCCUGAUCCCAGCACCCACGCUCUUCUCCCUGCAAGAACAACCAGUGAGGGAAGUGCUGGAGGUUGACUGGGUAUCGCGCUAGAUGGCCUGGGGGCUUCUUUAUGUUAUGAGCAAAGGGACGGUAGUGACUUCCCUGGACUCACAGCUGCUUCUGCAGGACAGGGUGUACCCUGGAUCUUUAGUAGCAGGUACAAAGCUUAUAGUCUGAUACCCUGUGUGGAAUAGGAAUAAAGGAAACUGAGGCACUGUCCCUUGGUGACAUGAAGGAGACUCUGGUGGAGAAGGACCAGCAGCUGGGUCUGUGCCAAACUAAAAAUGACAGUAGCCCAGGGCCUGCAGUCUCCUGCCUCAGCAGCUGCUGCUUCCUGUAGAACAGUUGACUUUUUAGUGGGCUCUUUCCCUGGGAGAAGCCCAGGGUAGCCCUUACCUAUUUUGACCCAUAGACAGCUAAGGCCUCAAGAGGUCCACUUAGUUAUUGCUGAGCUAAAAUCAGGACCCAGAUUUCUAGCCUCCAUCCCAGACCAACUUGUACCGAUGAACGGGCUUCCUGUGAGAGAGGGGUGGGAUUGGGAGGGCAGAGCCCCAUCCCAUCCCGCAGUCCCCGCAGAAGAGGAGACAGCCCUGUCCUGGUCUGUGCUCCCCCAGUGUUCAUUUUUUUUUUUUACUGUGGUUUGGGAACCACGAAGCCCCCUUUCCCAAGAUGCUUGCAACUUACUUGCAGUGCCAAAGAUUUUGUGCAAGCAGAUUCCUUCUGCACCCCACCCCCUUCCCAGCCCUCUCUGCUUUCCCCUGACCCACCUGGCGCUGUCCCUCUCUUCCACUGCUCAGCCAGCAGUGCCCCCAACCCCCACCCCCAGCGCUGGGCCUAGGUAGGAGGCACCUGAAGGAUGCUCAGCCUGUGCCCUGGGCCUCGGGGGAAAGCGGCAUUUAGGGAGAGGGGAGGCUGAGAGGGGCUUCAGCUCCUCCGAAGUAGCUCUUCAGAGCCUCGUGCACAUGCCCACACUGUGCGGGAAGCCUCGUGGCUUUAUUGUCAUUGGUGGCUUUUGAGUUCAGACACCUUCAUUUGAACAGCUUUCUGAGGCUGUUUAACAUACAGGCCUUUGAAGAGGCAAAGGGGUUUUGUUGUUGUUGCUGUUGCUGUUGCCAUUUUAUUUUGUUUUGUUUUUCUUGUUUGCACUUGGCUGUCUGUAACCUUCUCAAGUAUUUUACAAGUCCCUUCUAUGCGGCAGAUGCUGGGUAGACCGGGGAGUGGUGGCGGGGCUGGGAGGGAAUCACCCUGCGCUGAAGAACUGAGCUUUACCUACUAGCUCCACUAAAGAAGUUUCCUGCCUCCUUCCCUCCUCUCUGGGGUCAGCUGAGGCAGAGCAGACAGGCCUGCCUUCCUGUGGGCAACGGGAGAAUUUGCCUUUUGUCCUAUCCUUGUGCUGACGUGAACUGUAUGUGUGCCAGGUGUCUUCUCCAUUCACUGUCCUUUUCUCGGGUCCCAUGCACAGCCCGAAGACUUCUGUGGCAAGCUCUGGUGGCCAUCGGCCAUCGUUCUUAUCCCUGCCCUGGGCAACUGGAAGCGAGGGGAUCUGCAGAGCCAAGUCACUCACCCGGUGUCCCUUGCCUGGGACUUAGCUUUCUAACAUCCAGGACUGUGGUCACUCCGCUGGGGGUGGAGCAUAUGCCAGCCUCCCCUCCACCCUGCCUCGGAAGACUUCCAAGGCCAGGGUAUCAAUGUCUGGGCCAAUCACAGAUCAGAUCACCAACACAAAAACCUGUGUCCCUCCCCCACAACUAGCCUUCAUGAUGUGAUGGCAGGGACCACCCCAGUAUGUCAUGGGAAAGUUAAGGUGUGGAGAGUGAAGUCACGUCCCGCCUGGUCCAGGUACAGGCCACCGGCAAAGAACUGUUACAGCCCUUGUGGGCCAUCUAGUGACCCAGUCUCUGAAUUUAGAUGUCUCUCCCACAAUCCCCUGGCCAAACAUUGGUCAUAGGCCAGGUGGCCCCUUUUGGAUGGGCCCUGCUCGCUGGCUCUGUGAUUGCAUGUUUCUCCCUGAGAGUAAGCCUAGUACCCUGGGCUCUGGAAACCUUGGCUUAAAAACAGCCACUUGCUAGAUUGAGACUUUGCUUAUAUUUUCUGGCCAAGUCACUCUUGGCCAUGUAUGUUAAUACCAUGGCCCCAGGCUGAGGCCGGGGGAGCUCUGUGCUGCAGCUGCUUCAUGUCCUGCCAGGAAAUGACAAGAGACAUACUAGGCAGGCGCUCACAGUCAUGUUUUUUGAGCCUCUGCCACCAGACUGCUCCAUAGAGUGGAUUUCUGUGGCACAGUUCUUGACCUUAAACUGUUUCCGAACCCACUGGGGACUUGGGUAGUGGGGACACCUGUGCUUCAGUAAAGAACAGGUGCCAAAUCUCCCCCCAAGAACUUCGGACAAUCUAGUGUUUAUCACUGAAUUCCUGCCCUUGCCAUCUAAGAAGAGCAAGCUGGAAAGGCAGUGCAGCCAGAAAGCACCGUCCCGCCUGUGUGGGGCCAAGGCUCAAUCCCCAGCACCACAGAUAAACGAGGACCUUCAUGGCUUAGCUCCUGUCCUUCCAUUGAGCCCAAGACUCUUCAGUGUCUUUGAACAGUGUGGCUAUCUCAGCCCCUUCACUGGCUGUCUAAACUUUCCUUCAGGGUUUUUCCUGUAUACUACAGACAGCCAAAUCCUACCACAGACCAAAGAUUCCCUGAAGUCAGAGGGGCGUGGACUGAAUGGGUAGGAAAUUAAUUUGUAUCAAGGCCCGAGGGUUUGCCUUUGCCUGGAAGAAUUGCUCCUAACUUGCUAAGGUUCUAGCAGCAGGACUGACCCAACCCCAAACAGAGCUGUACAGUUAAGACAAUGGUUCAUACUCCUCACCUGCUGAAUAACCGUCCUACAGACCAGCCCUCCCUGCUCUAGGAAGUGAUGCCUGGUCCCUGGUGCUAUCGAGUUGAGGUACCAAGCCCCUCAUAUGUGAGUGUCCCAUCUUCUUCCCUGUCUCCGUACUCCUCCAAGUAAGCCCCCUUAGAUCCUAUCAGAACGAGGGCUUAGCUUCUGUCCUUCAAAAGACCAGACCCGGUGCCAUCGCCUCUGGCCUUCUCUCUCACUUCUGUGCUUUUAAGAGCAAAGGUGCCCCACCAGGCUUACCGCAGCAAUAAACAAUUCUAAUGCAAUGGAGGUGCCCACAUUAUGCCUACAAUGCCUUUGUGCCCUGUACUUACUAGUAGCGCCUCUCUUACAUACCAGGGAGUGGGACAAACUGUGGUCAACUUAGCCAUACAUGGUUCCUCUUUCAGGGGCACUAAGGGGCUGGGUUGCUUCUAACAUCCCUCCAGAAACAGUGGGUUCUAGACAGCAUGGCCCACUGUAUUCACGUGCCCACAGCUGGUGCUGGGGACCCCUGGGUUCUCAGCCCUCCUCACACCCCCUCGGCCAACUGACAGGUCCUGGUGGUGGCUUUUAUUUCCCAUGAGUGUUUAAUGUGAGGGGGCAGGGGAUGAACACCUAGCCGUAGCAUGUAGAGACUGUAUACCAUUAGACUUUUCUUUU